UGAUCACUUUCCAGACGUAGACUUGAAGAUUCCUGAAGUCACCAUAAGGUUCUCGAUGUACUGAUUGAGCACAUGAUUCUCGGCCUUUAGUUUAGAGUUUUCUUCCUUCACAGAGUUGACCCUUUGAGACAAGUCGUGUAGAGUGUUCUGGAGGUCUAGGAUCUGUGCAAUCAGCACUUCCUUCUCCCCACCGUCCAUAUCUUGGGUAGAGUCAUCUGACAUAGGUUCAACACUGGGCUGACGCUGACGCACUGGAGAUGUCUUUAGGUCUUGUGGCUGGGUAGGUCUGUGUGUCUUAUACUUUGCUUGAGCCGUUCUUUCAGCCAUGUAAGCCUCAAUCCAAGUUCAAACAAGUUCUUUUAGUGCUUUUUGUGUGUCGACCAGUGAUCUAAUUUAGAUUUAUUUCCAAAUAAUGCCAAGUAUUGCUGCCUGUACCUCACGUGUAAAUAUACAAGAAGAACCACUUCUCAAGUGCUAGUGAGAGUCAUGUCAGAAUCAGUCACAGUGUCCUCUCUACUGGAACUAGUGGAGAGGCUGUUUGCCAAGCCCCCUUCAAUCCAGAAAGUGUCAGAGGAAUCUGCAACUCCCUACCUCAACUCACCCGUGUCGAACGUUGGGGAGGCUCCCAUCAAAGAUCUACUAGCGGCAGAGAAUAUAUCCUCCCCUAAAGAACAACGAGAAUACAAUGAGCAUGUAUCCACGGGCACGCUCCUCCACCUGCUGGCCUAUGUGGGUCGACACGAGGCUGUAGAGUGGCUCCUCAAGACUGGAGCAUAUGUCCAUAGCAAGAACACAGACGGCUCCACCCCCCUCCAUGUGGCUGCCCUGAACCACCACCCUGAGACCAUUAGAGUGCUCCGGUUCUUCCAUGCUGAUGCACACACGGAGAAUAGGCAAGGCAAGACUGCAGUGGACUUCAGUGAGGAGGACAAUGUUAAAGAGGCACUGCUCGAGCACAGGUUCUCAGCCGAGACGGUAGAAGAUGAGUUUCUCCAGGAAAGAUUCGAGGGCCUAGUAGAGAGAGUUACAAACCCCAAAUCACCAGAAGAUGAGCUGCAAAGCCUCCUCUGUCUCCGCUCAGAGAUUAGAAUAUCAACAGCCUCGAUGACCUCUGUACCCAAACCCCUCAAGUUUCUUCGAGACCACUUCACAAAACUGGAGGAAGUCUAUGAGAAGAUGGAGACCUCAGACUCUAAGCUAGUUCUGGGUGACGUGCUCUCUGUGCUGGCUAUGGCCGUCGAGGACACUGGUAACAAGUGCCUCAACUAUCGCCUUGAGGGGUCCAAGGAACGAGUCAGCUCAUUCGGUCAUCCUUAUAUCAGACGACUGUGCUCCCAGCUGCCUGACGUGUGGACCACCACCACUUCCCCUGAGGACACCCUCCUAGGUCUGGUGAGGGACAUCUGUGUGUACUGCCUCAAGCACAGUGCUGAGGCUGAGGCCUGUGACCUGCUCAUGGAGAUUGAGAAGGUGGAGCUCAUCAGUGAACUAGUGUCUGAGGAUAUCUAUGAGAGGGUCUGUCUCUAUCUAACCAGCUGUGUCAAGUAUGUCCCUGAGCCAGAGGACUCUGUUCUGUUGAAUACUGCCCUCAAGAUAUUCCGCCAGUUUCACUGCUACCCCCAGGCCCUGCGUCUGGCCCUCAUGCUAAACAACCAGGCUCUAGUCAAGGAGCUCUUCUUAGAGUGCCCUAACAAGUUGGUUCGCAAGCAGCUGGCCUUCAUACUAGCCCGGCAGCAGGUGUUCCUAGAGCUGGAUGAUGCAGGCUUGGAGGAGACUGUUGACCUCACAGACAUCAUGUCCAACGUCCUCCUCAACAACAACUUCCUGGCCCUCGCUAGAGAGUUGGACAUAAUGGACCCUAAAGUGCCUGAGGACAUAUACAAGACCCACCUGGAACAUGCUCGUUUCAGCACGGCCAAUACAGUCGACUCAGCACGUGCCAAUCUCGCCUCCUCCUUUGUUAACGGUUUUGUCAAUUGUGGCUUUGGAGAAGACAAACUUCUUACAGCUGACGGGAACAAGUGGAUCUACAAGCACAAGAGCUACGGGAUGAUGAGUGCAACCGCCUCUCUGGGCCUGAUCCUACUCUGGGACGUGGACGGGGGAUUGACACAGAUCGAUAAGCUGCUCUAUACCAAUGAUGACUUUAUCAAGGCUGGAGCUCUGCUUGCCCUAGGACUGGUGAAUGUGGGGGUGAGGAAUGAGUGUGACCCAGCACUGGCUCUACUUACUGACUAUGUCCUGCAUCCCAUCAACAUCAUGAGGCUUGGCUCUGUCAUAGGACUUGGACUGGCCUAUGCUGGAUCCAUGAGGGAUGAUGUCAUCGAUGUGCUGACUCCAGUCAUGUGGGAGGAGAAGACAACCUUCGAGGUGGUGUGUCUAGGAGCUCUUUCCUCUGCACUGGUGGCCGUGGGGAGCUGCAAUGGAGAGUUGACUGAGAGCUACCUCCAGAUCAUGAUGGAACGCGAUCCAGCCGACCUAACCAAGACUUCCGUCCGCUACCUAGCCCUGGCCCUGGCCUUGCUCUACCUGGGAAAGCAGGAUGCUGUGGAUGCCACCAUGCUGGCUCUGAAGGUCAUCCCUGAACCUCUCUACUCAUUUGCAGCUGCUCUGUUGGAGACCUGCGCGUAUGCUGGCACUGGCAAUGUGCUCAAGAUCCAGUCUCUGUUACACGUAUGCAGUGAGUUCCACAAGCCAAAGAAAGAGGGGGAGGAGUCUGAGGAGGCUGAGGAGACCACACCCACCACCACCACCAAGGGGGCAGAGUCGAAGGCUAAAGCGGCCAAAGACAAAGGAAAGAAGCCAGAUAAGGAGACUGAGCCUGGUUCUCUGAGCGAGCCAGGGAGUUAUCAGUCCAUCUCUGUGCUGGGAAUAGCCCUGAUUGCCAUGGGGGAGGACAUUGGGGCAGAGAUGGCGAUGAGGACUUUCAACCAUCUACUCCACUACGGUGACCCCCCCAUCCGUCGUGCUGUCCCUCUGGCCCUAGCGCUCCUCUCAACUUCUAACCCCAAGCUACCAGUACUGGACAUGCUCCAUAAGUUCUCCCAUGAUAGUGACCCGACUGUGGCCAGGAACGCUGUGUUCAGUAUGGGAAUAGUCGGCUGUGGUACUAACAACGCACGACUGGCCGGCAUGCUCAGGAACUUGGCUCAAUUCUAUCACAAAGAGCCACAGGAUCUGUUCAUGGUCAGACUGGCACAGGGUCUCACUCACCUGGGUAAGGGGACCCUCACCCUCAAUCCCUAUCACUCUGAUCGUAUGCUUCUCUCCCCUGUGGCCCUGGCUGGACUACUCAUCGCCAUGGUCUCCAUGUUAGACUCCUCAAACAUUGUUCUGAAGGACGCCCACUACAUGCUGUUCUACAUGGCCCCUGCCAUACAGACUAGGAUGUUGGUGACCUUCGAUGAGGCUCUCAACCCUCUACCAGUCACUGUCAGAGUUGGGCAGGCUGUGGACGUGGUGGGUCAGGCAGGCAAGCCCAAGACCAUCACUGGGUUCCAAACGCACACCACCCCUGUGUUGCUAGGAUACGGAGAGAGAGCCGAGCUUGCUACUGAAGAAUAUGUGACGCUGACUCCCAUUGUAGAGGGCUUUGUCAUUCUCAAGAAGAACCCAGACUAUGAAGAGUAGCUAGCUUGAAUGAGACUAGGACAUACACUAGUACUUAAUGUAUUAAAUCACUCUUCUAAAUGCUCAUUUUAUUAUGUUAAGUUGUGUCUUUGACUUGACUUGACACGUACGAUUAUAAUUAUUGUCUUAUUCAA